GGGAGACGGGGAGCAGCUUGAGCUGCCCGCAGUGCCGAGCGACCUUCCCUGUGCGACCCCAGCUGAGGAGGAACAUAGCCCUCACCAACCCUUGCGAAGCAGCUCAGAGUUGGAUACAGGAUGGCUGCAGCCGUUGUGUGUGACAUCUGCGGUGACGGCCAGACUCCUGCAGUGAAGACCUGCCUGAGAUGUGAGAUUUCCUACUGUUUUUCUCACUUUAGGCCUCACCUGGAGAAUCCCAGGUUGAGAGACCACGCUGUGGUGGAUCCCACUGCAAGCUUGGAUGAGCGAAGAUGUCCUUAUCACAAAAGGGAGUUGGAAUUCUACUGCACAGUAGACAGCAACCUGGUCUGUUCAACUUGCACCAUCGCAGGAAAACACACAUGGCACAAGGUCCUGACGCUGAAGGACGAGCACAAGACACGGAAGAAGCGCGUAGAGGAGGAGACGCGAGCGGUGGAGGAAAAGAGGAAGAAGGCGGAGGAGUCCUUGAAGCGGAUGGAGGCCGCUCGCAAGGAGGAGCAGGAAUCGGUGGCCGGGAUCAGGGGUCGCAUCACGGGCAAGUUCGCCCGCCUAAGGAAGGCUCUGAACGAGGAAGAGAAGGAGGCUCUACAUCGCGUGGCCGUGAAGGAGCGCGAGCUGCUGUCCCGGAUAGACGAGGACAUCGCUCGUCACAAGCGGGAGAUCGGGGAGCUCCAGGCGAUGGCCGCUCGCCUGUACAAUCUGAAGCAUGAGAAGGACUCGCUCGCCUUCCUGCAGAGGCACCUGGAGUUGAUGCGCAGGAAAAAGUUCCGAAAGGAAUCUGCACCCCCACCUGCCACUUCACUGGACGUCACCACGAUCCGCUCCUUUGAAAGAGUCGUCGAUGUAUGCUCACCGACUCUGGACACAAACUCAGCCCACAACCGCCUCCAGAUUUCCUCGGAUCUCAGGACGGUGACGGGGAGCGGUGUCCCCCAGGGUCGCCCCCAUCACCCACACCGGUUUGAGAGCUGUCCACAAGCCCUGUGCUCUGAGAGCUUCUCGUCGGGUCAGCACUACUGGGAGGUGGACGUGGGGAGUGCGCUGUGGUGUCGGGUUGGAGUCGCGUACGGGACGAUCCCACGGAGAGGGGGUGAUGCUGGGUGCGGCCUGGGAGGGAGUGACGUCUCCUGGUGUCUAGAGAAAGAUGGCGACAGCUUCUCAGUGCGGCAUGGCGGGGUAGAGAUCUCACUGUCGGUGUCGGAGCCUCCGCGGAGAAUCGGGGUCCAUCUGGACUGGGACGCGGGGCUGCUGUCGUUUUACAGCGCUGACUCUAUGGCGCCGUUGCACUCGUUUCACCAAACCUUCACUCAGCCCCUACACCCUGGGCUGUUCCUGUGGUGGAGUGGUGUUGGUGCCUCAGUGAGGAUUAUGGAUCUUAGUGGUGCGUGCUGAGAGAGGUGAACGUGAACAGCACAGAGGGCAUUCACCACGACGCACGGCGCUAGCCACCCUCGUCACCGUCACGCGCAGCGCCACGCCCGUGGCUGGCAGGUGGCUGUCGGUGGCUAGGGGCUGCGUGGCUCUCCAUCACAACCGGGGGGGCUGAGCGUAAACAAUCCU